GGAAUCUCUGGGUUCCACAAACGAAGCCGGCGGCAGCGUUACAUCGGAUCGGCGGACGUGUACAUAUAACAUAUGGUCUCAAGUUUCUCAGUGCAUGUCGCUGGCGUCCCACAUGGAUCACGAAACCAUUCACCUUUACCAUGGAUACGCAGAUCGGAUCCGCUGCCCCAGCACCAGCUAUUCUUGGGGCGGCUUGCAUGUCUGCUGAUGUGUGAUGUGUGUGUUGAUGGCUUCCAACAGCUAUUCUCACGACGGCACGCUCUUGCACCAGGGACGGGAGGAAACGGGUGCCGAGACCCGAAAGAAAGGGAUCUACAGUACAAAACAACGCUCGUCGUAGCCUUUCCACCAGUGUCGCGCUGCAGAGCGUCCUGCGGUCUCCAUGACCGCCGCAGUCGACACCGCGGCCGUGGCGGGUGCGGGCAGGAGGCUGAGGGUGUUCUUCCUACCCUCCUUCAUCCGGGGCCACCUCAUCCCGCACACCGACCUGGCGUGCCGCGUCGCCGCGGCAAGGACCACGGAGGUGGAGGCGACCAUGGUCGUGACGCCGGCCAACGCGGCCCUCAUCGCGCCCACCGUGGCGCGCGCCGCCGCCGCCGGCCACGCCGUGCGCGUGCUCUGCUACCCGUUCCCGGACGUCGGCCUCGGCGAGGGCGUCGAGUGCCUCACCACCGCCGCCGCGCACGACGCGUGGCGUGUGUACCGCGCCAUGGAGAUCGUGCAGCCGUCCCACGAGUCGCUUCUCCGGGACCACCGCCCCGACGCCAUCGUCGCCGACGUGCCGUUCUGGUGGACCAACGAGGUCGCCGCCGAGCUCGGCGUGCCGCGCCUCACGUUCCACCCUGUCGGCAUCUUCGCGCUGCUCGCCAUGAACAGCCUGUUCACCAUACGGUCCGACAUCAUCCGGACCAGCUCCGCCGCCCCUGGGACGGUGCUGUCCGUGCCUGGCCUGCCCGGGAAGGAGAUCGCCAUCCCGGUGUCCGAGCUCCCGAACUUCUUGGUCCAGGACGACCACCUCUCCAAAUGGUGGGAGCGGAAGAGAGCGUGCCAGCUUGCUGGCUUCGGCGUCAUCGUCAACACCUUCGUCGACCUAGAGCAGCCCUACUGCGAGGAGUUCAGACGCGUGGAGGCGCGCCGCGCCUACUUCGUCGGGCCCCUGGGACUGCCAUCGCGCUCCACCCUGCACCGCGGCGGCGACGGCAACGUGGACUGCCUGGACUGGCUGUCCACCAAACCGAGGCGGUCGGUAGUGUUCGUCUGCUUCGGGAGCUGGGCCGACUUCUCCGUGACUCAGAGCAGAGAGCUCGCCUUGGGGCUCGAGGCGUCGGACCAGACAUUCCUUUGGGUUGUCCGCUGCCAUGACUCCAGCGACCAGUGGGCACCGGAGGGCUGGGAGCAGCGCGUCGCCAACCGUGGCUUGGUCGUCCGCGGAUGGGCGCCGCAGCUGGCGGUGCUGGCCCACCCGUCGGUGGGCGCGUUCCUGACGCACUGCGGUUGGAACUCGGUCCUCGAAGCCGCGUCCGCCGGCGUGCCGGUGCUAACGUGGCCGCUGGUGUUCGAGCAGUUCAUCAACGAGCGGCUGGUCACCGAGGUGGCCACGUUCGGCGCGCGCGUCUGGGACGGCGGCAGGCGCAGCGAGAGGCCCGAGGAUGCUGAGACCGUGCCGGCGGAGGCAAUCGCGCGGGCCGUCGCCGGUUUCAUGGACGGCGGAGAGCAGCGCGACAGGUUGAAGGCCAGGGCCGGGGAACUAGCGGAGCGCGCGCGCGCCGCUGUAGGUGAGGAUGGCUUGUCCUGGCGUGACGUAAACCGCUUGAUCGAUGAUCUCCUGCAGGCCAGAGCCUCAGGGUUGCCACAAGGGAAUUCCAUCCAGGUUUAAUUUGUUUUUGCGCAUACAUUGUAUGUAAGGCUAGAAAACAGAAUAAAAGGUGACAGUUUCGGCAAGGCAAAAUGUGAAUACUUCCAUUUUGGAAAGGCCAAGUUUUAUGAAUGCUUCCAUUUUUGGGAAGGCCAA